AUGUGGGCGCUGCUGCGGCGCUGGGCGGACUCCAGUGGGGACCCCGGCAGUGCGAUUCUCCCCACCUUCGACGUGAUGGCUUCUGGCAAAGGCAAGUCAGCCCCCCUCCCUGGGCAGGCCAUGGAGUUGGAUGCGGUCUCUGAAGAAGAGCAGGGGGAUGACGUACAGGAGGUCCCUGUUACGGGCAAGCGGAAGUCGGAAGCUGGGGCGUCGCCGACUAAAAGAGAGGCAGGGCACGGAGACGCGUUCUCGUGGAACUCCUUGAAGAACAUGCUGGCGGACCAAACGAAAGAGCUGCAAGCGUGGUACAAGGAGGAAAUUGGCAGUGAAGGCAAGAUCAUGAAGGCCGUGGACGAAAUUAAAUCGAACCUGACCAAGAAGAUGGACGCGGGGCAGCAAAAGAUGGACAAAAUGGAGGCGGCCUACGAGAGCGUGCUGGAAAGACUUGGCAAGUUGGAGGCGCGCGGGGUCCCGAGUGGGCCAUCUGGCGGUGGAGGGACUGUGGACAGAGGCCCUUCCCUUGUCUUCGGUGGUUGGAGAACCGACACGAAGAAGGCUCACAUCCUCGCGGACCUUAUGGCGGUGCUGAAGGACAGCCAAGUGGACGGCUUGAUCGACAAUGCCGCAUGGGUUCCAGCGGUGCGGCAUAGCGUAGCCAUUGCAGAGUUUGUGCAGCGCAAGGGCGAGAACGCUGAUGGCAUGCGCACCCGCAUGAUGGCGAUCAUUGCUGCUGUCAACUCGGCGAGAGUCCAGUCAGAACAUACCGCAGAUGGGAAGGCCAUAUGGGCUGCGAUCAGUAGACCGCGCAGCGAAAGAGGCCCAGGCCAACAUUGUGGGAAGACACGAAAGCUCUUCUACCAACUGGGGCUUGGCGUCUCGGAGGUCGAGUGCGGGUACUCUACAGGUAGUACCUGGUACAAGGACAACCUAGUGUCUUCUGUGGAGAAAAUGAGAAACGGUGAGCAUGUGAGCAGGGGCAUCCUUGACCACUCGUGGAUUGAUGUACCACUCAUUGCCAAGUUGAGCGGGAAGAACGAGAAGGAGAUAGGGGACGCUUGGGAGAAGAUCGUCCAGAGCUGA